AGAUGGAUUCACACAAGCAGACAUAUUCAUACAGGUAACACACACCACGCAUCCAGAGUUUACACUGCAACAUCAACUUAUAUAGUUUAGCACUUGCCCCUUCCCCCAAAUUUCCUCAUCUUAACUACUGCAUCACCACAUCCACACGCAUACAUGCGCACACACAAACGCGCGCGCACACACACACAGAGUGUCAUAUUUAAACACAUACUGGCGUAUGCAAGUGAUGCAUCUAUGCUUUCUGUUACUCUCGGUGGUGCACCAAUGCACGUAGUACAAUGUAUGAACAAUGUAUGAGGAUUUUACGGAAUGCAGUAUUGUACUAUAAUGGAUUUCAGGCACUGAUAUGCAUACAUGCACACACAAAAUUAUACACACAAAUGAAAAUAUAUCUAUAAAUGCAUAUAUACAUAUACAUAUAUCACUAGAAAGAUAAAACUUAAACGUUGCUUGUUUGGGUCUUUUCUCUACUCUGUGAUUAUCACUUUAUUUAAUUAAUUGCUGAUAUUUAUAUUAAUUAAUUAAUUAAUUAUUUAAUUAAUUAAAUCUAUUUGUUUAAGUUCUGAAGAUUACUGACACCGUGGUUAUUAUUGUCAUUAUCAAUAUUAUUAUUGUUGUUAUUAUUUAUUUCAAAAAUACUCUCAGAAGCAACACGUCUAGCACACACGGGCCCACACACACGCGCGCGCGCACACAAAUACACACACACACAUAUACACACACACACAUACAAACAAGCACCUAUACAUACGCUCACACAUAUGGUUGUGGAUCCACAAUACCAAUUUCAGUCCGUGUCCCUUAAUGCCAAUAUCACCCCCACCCUAUUCUCAUCAGCAUCAUCAUCAUCAGCAGCAGCACAAAAAACAUUAACAACAAUCCAAAUUUUCUUAAGAUCGAAACCUAGAGAGGGUCAUUGGAUAAUGUAGUCCUGGAUAUAUUUCUAAACAAGGUGAAGGUGGUCAUUGUUGGAAUGCUUUGAUCAUAGAUCUGUUUAAACAAAGGUAAUCUAGGACCAAAACAGUAACAACAAAAUAACUAUAUCCCACAAUACUUUAUUAUCAUCAUCAUCAUCAUCAUUUCCAUCGAUCACAGCUGCCUUCAUGUUUUUUAUUUUUGUCAUUUAAAAAGACAAAAGAGAAAUAUAAAGAAACAGCUUUAUAAGUUGUUAUUAUACGGGACAAAAAAUGCUAAAUAAUUUUAACAUUGUGCCCCGUGUCAGAUAUUACUGUACACAGCACACCUGGGUGUCCGUCUGGUUGGAACUGCUUUUAUAUUCAAAUUUAAUACUUGCUUGCCAUCCUCAACGACAGACCGUACCCGGAGUUAGUGGUGAGAUUAAAGAAAUCAAUGGGUUGAUGGUCGAUGUUCAAGAUAAUUGUGACCCGGGGAACAAAGACUCGUGCAGUCCAGGCUAUUGUUGUGUCAAAGAGGUUAUUGCUUAUAGGCCUCAGUACAAAGGACAGAAAGCAGCAUAUAAGCAAGCUUGCCGACGCAUGCGCAGAGAAGGUGAAUUCUGCAUGCCUGAAGAUGCACUUCAUAUUUGUCCAUGCAAUAAAGGGUUUGAAUGUCAGGCAGAAGAUGAAAUGGACUAUGGCCACUGUCGAAGAAUCAAGAAACCAGAAAACGAAGCUGAUGUUCUCGCAUUUCGAGUGUGAUUUAUGAAAUGAUGUUUUUUUUUUUUCUUUUUCAUUCCAUGUUUUUUCAAAAAAUAUUUUGUAUUCUUUUCUAUUACAACUUUCUAUCUUUUCUUUAUAUUUGAAAUAAAACUAUUUAUCUAGUAGUACACAAUAUAUUUCUGCAGGAUUAUGGAAGAAAAGAAAAUUAAAACUCGAAAAUUGUUUUGUAUUUAACCCCUAAACCAAUUAUA